GCAGUCUUCCCUUCCCAUCACAGACCUCCACCUAGUCGUCGUCUAUCAUUCGCCCCCAUCAGCGGCAGCUUUCGAAGCUUUCUCGCUCUUCACCGUCGGUUAUGCCUGAUACUCCAAAUUCCACGAUGACUGAAGAACCAUUUAGGCCUCGUGAGAAACUUAUUGAAAGACAAAAGUAUUUCCAGAGCAUCCACAAGCACACAUAUCUCAAAGGGCCAUUAGAUAAGGUCACCUCUGUUGCCAUUCCAAUUGCUUUUGCAGCCUCAUCAUUGUAUCUUAUAGGACGGGGAAUUUAUAACAUGUCGCACGGCAUUGGAAAGAAAGAAUGAGGCCACAGUGUCUCCACAUCUAAAUUUCAAAGAGUUUUAUACUCUGGACCCAUGUUAAUUUUGUUAUUGAAGUAAUCUUUGCUUAAUAAAUUGCUUAGUUGCGGACUCGGCUACCAAUUGAAUUGAUCAUCAUUCUCAAAUUCCAUCUGGUUUGUAAUGGAUUGGUUUGUCUCAGAUUAUUGUUCUUCUGAAAUUUUCUGGUUUGCAGUU